AUUACUUUCUCUCCUUCUCACGGUCUUGCUUUCCGAAGCAAGAGUGCUACCAACUAAUAACACACAAAGCUUACUGAACUCAAAAAGCCCAUCACACACAGAAAGCCCUGUACUUGAUAUGCACGGAAAGAUCGUUCGAGUUGGUGUCAAGUACUACGUUGUACCAGUUCACCAGGACCAGGGUGGUGGGUUGGACCUAGCUUCCACGGGAAGUCAGAGUUGCCCGCAAAGUGUGGUUCAAGAUGAUCGUUAUUGGUGGGGAAACACGAUACAGUUCUACCCAGUUGACCCGAAGAAAGGUGUGGUUCGUGAAUGGAAUGACCUCAACAUUGAAUUCCCCGACGCAUACACAGGAUGUCCCGAGAAUAAUGUCUGGACGAUAGUUGGCGAUCUCUCGGUGUACGAUGAUUCUCAUUACAUAACAGCAGGCGGAGAAAAAGGAAAUCCUGGUGCACAAACUAUAAACAACUGGUUCAAGAUUUUAAAAACAAGAAACAAUUACAGGCUGCUAUCUUGUCCAGAUGUGUGCAAUUACUGUUCAUACAUCUGUCGUGAUGUUGGCAUUUCGGUAGAAGGUGGACAGAGACGUUUGGUUCUUAGCGAUACCCCUCUUGAAAUCAACUUUAGGAAGGCUUAAUGGUUACUUUUUUUAGUUUGAUAGCAGAGCUAUAUAUAACAAAUGUACGUGGA